CCCGCCCCGCUCCCAGCGCGGCUCUUCCGCCUAGGCCGCGGCGGCGGCGGGCGGGGCGCGGCAGCACUGGCGAUGGCGGCGGCGGCGGCGGGCGAGCGGAGCGCGGCGCGGCGGGAGGCCACGGGGCGGCGGCUGGCGCGGUUCGCCGCGCUCCGAGGCAGAGCCGUGCGGCACGGGCAGUUCUGGGACCUCGUGGCCAUCACCGCCGCCGACGCGGAGCAGGAGCGGGCGUUCCGGCGGCAGCUGGCCGCAAAGCUGGCGAGAGGGGAGCUGCCUCGCGGCGUGCGCUACCACGUCUUCGGGGAUCCGCCGGGACACAAGAUCGGAAAUGGUGGAUCAACACUUCAUGUUCUCCAGUGCUUAGAGAAUCUCUAUGGUGAUAAAUGGACCUCUUUUAUUGUGCUGCUAAUUCAUUCUGGUGGUUAUAGUCAACGUUUACCAAAUGCAAGUGCCCUGGGGAAGAUUUUCACAGCUUUGCCUCUUGGUGAUCCUGUUUACCAGAUGUUGGAGCUUAAGCUUGCUAUGUACAUUGAUUUUCCCAGUCACAUGAAACCAGGAAUUCUCAUUACUUGUUCAGAUGACAUAGAACUUUACAGCACUGGCGUUGCAGAAACAAUCACAUUCGAUAAACCUGGAUUUACCGCUUUAGCUCACCCUUCAGAUUUGACAAUUGGGACCACUCAUGGAGUGUUUGUUUUAGAUCCAUCCAGUUUUUCAGGAAAAGGAGGACUUGAAUACACAUCUUGCCAUCGUUUCCUACACAAGCCUGAUAUUGAGACAAUGCGCCAGUGUGGUGCGGUACGCGUAAGAGGAAAUUGUUCUCAGCCAUGUUCCUCUGGAGACCACAGUGACUCAGAAAUGGACUCAGAGUGUGUUUAUACAGACAGUAUAUUUUACAUGGAUCAUAGCAUUGCAAAACAAUUAUUGGUAUUUUAUAAGCAGAUGGAUACUCUUUGCUGUGAAAUAGAUGCAUAUGGUGACUUCCUUCAGGCCCUGGGACCUGGAGCCACUCAAGAUUACACAAAAAAUACAAGUAACAUCACAAAAGAGGAGUCGCAGUUAGUAGAAGUACGGCAGAAGCUAUAUUCUAUUCUGAAAGGAACUCCACUUAAUGUUAUAGUCUUAAACAACUCUAAGUUUUAUCACAUUGGAACUACUCAGGAGUACUUGUUUCAUUUUACAUCUGAUAGCAAACUGAAAUUUGAGCUUGAUUUACUGUCUAAGGCCUUUAGCAUCUUUUCAGACAAAGCUGAUACCUUGGAUAGAUCAGCAAGUAUCAUUCAAAGCAUACUUGAGCCUGGGUGCCUUAUAGGACCUGGAUCCGUUAUUGAAUACUCUAGAAUUGGACCUGAAGUCUUAGUAGGGAAGAACUGCAUUAUCAGUGGAUCCUAUAUAAAUUUGAGAGUAGACAUACCUUCAAACUGUUUCCUGUGUUCAUUGAGUGUAAAAAUUGAUGAUCAAGUAAAGUAUGCAAGUAUGGUAUUUAGUGUAGAAGAUGACUUGAAAAAGGGUGUGAAAUUGCUUUCAGAUAUAUAUUCACUACAAUUUUUUGGAGUCAGCUUACUAGAAUGCUUGGACCUUUGGGGUGUGCAGGUUUCAAGCCAGCUCUUCUCCAGUGAUAAUACACAGUUUGGGUUGUGGACUGCUAGGAUUUUUCCUGUUUGUUCUAGUUUAAGUGAAUCAGUUAGAAUGUCAUUAAACAUGUUACAUUCUGUGCAGCACAAGUCAGCUUUUAAAUUGCAUGGCUUUAAGCUGUUAUCUGUUGAAGAAAUGCUCUCCUGCAAAGAUGUAGAAGAUAUGUUGAAAUUCAGGGAUCAAAUUUAUGAUGAAAUCUGUCUACAAAGACAAAAAGAGAAAUCUGAUUUGUAGAAGGAUUGGUACUUGGAAGAAAUUUCCCGUCUUUCAUUGUGGAUGAUGUGUUACUUCCCAGAUUGUAAUAAUCAUAAGGAAAAGUACACAGAUCUUCUCAUUGGCUCUAGCAGCAUGAUAUAGUUUAGCAGUAAUUUAUGUUUCUCCCUGUUUGUACUGCCUUUUUACAAUAGUGUUUCAAAUCAGUGUAGGUAAAUUGAUUUUUUUUUUAUCGGGACAUCCUAUCGAAGCAUUAAUAAUUUUUUUCUUUUUUUUUUUAAUGUUGUAAUUUUUUGUACUUACUGUUUUUCAUCAGAGAAAAAGUAUUUGCAUGAGAAAUCAACCUUUCCCUUAUGAGUUGGGGACUCAUAACACUGGGGUCAAUACCUGCCAUCAAGACAUGUCAAUUUUUUGUAGAAACAUAGAAUAUCCACAGUUGGAAGGAAACUGCAACGAUCUUAGGGUCUACAUAUGUCCAAGAGCAUUGUCUAAACACUUGAACUCCAGCAAGCUUGGUGCCAUAUGGCUGCUUUCCUGGGGUGGGGAUUGCUGUUUAAUUAUUUGGGAGGUGUUAGAUUGAGUGGGCAGCUAUCAACUUUUUGUUAUCCAUAGAGAUACUGAUACAUGUCAUGGGCAAAUUUGCAUUUCUGUAAACUGAACUGUCAUAGUCCUUGGAAUGAUACUUAAUCCUCAUGCAGACCAGUGGACUAAACAGAGAGAUAAAGUAUUUUGAGUGGUACCACAAUGCACAUCUUUGGGGAAACAGAUAAUAUUACCUACCCUGUAAUAAAGGUACACAGAAAUCUUCUGUUUUCUAUUGCUCCAUCUAGCUCCAUAUUCUGUUUUAGGUUGUGGCACCACAAAAAUGCUAUUCACAGAGAGCAUACAAGCCUAUGUAUUCAUUCACAUUAUUUUCAACAGUUCAUUACAUAAGUAAUCAGUCCUUGCGUUUGUAAUACUAGGUGAAAAAGGUUUGCACAAAGUUUAUAUUCAGAUAAAUCAUUUAUUUUUAAUAUGU